AUGUUAAGUGGAGACAACACAAUGUCCGACUACGAUCUACAGUUCCAAGCGGACCUAGAAAAGGCGCAGGCUUUGAGUUUAGAAAGUUUGGCUCUUGAACAGUUUCGCAGACAGAAACUACUGUCUAAUACUAAUACAGAUAAUGUCCGAGAAAAUACUGCGAACAGUACGCGUCGACGCGAGGAGGGCGAAGGACCACCACCUGCAUUGCCACCACCGCCGCGAAAGCCCCCACGAGGGCGCAUUUCCACUUCGGAAACAUCAAGUGACAGAUCAACAGGCACAAGUCCCACCAGGACUGAAAGCAGUGAUCUGAUAUCGUUCUCAAGCCCUACGAGUAAAUCCGCUCCGAAGGAACCCCAUGCUUCGCUCAAAGAAUACAUUGAACAAAUUAGCAAAUUAGGACUGCAAACCGAAGACAUAAAUAUUAAUACGCCAGAAACACCUCCAACCAUGAACAACCAUCCAUACAAUCAGAGACCAGCACACCCAUAUGGCCCGCAGUACCCUUAUAACUAUCAGCAACCGUAUACCCCAAUGCCAUCAUAUCCAACUGCUUCACCGUAUGGAAUGCCAAUGCCUUUACCUACUCCAGCUCCAAAUUUACCAAAUUAUUCGUAUUACGCGCCGUCCAUUGUAGCUUCACAAGCCCCUACAACACCCUAUGUCGCAACUAAUCCACCAAUGUAUGCUCCAACGAUACCGUACAGUCAAACAAGGAUGGCCUCUCCUGCUCCAUAUAUCGGGUAUCCUCCUCCCCCUAAUCAUCCGCCUUCAUACAACUAUAAUACAACGAAUAUGAUAACCAGGCCAACAAGACCUGUCAGCUUAUAUCCACAACUCAGUCAACUGCACAUGUACCCGCCAUUGCCGACUAGUUCUCCUGUGGUUCAAAAUGUUAACAAUAACAAUACAAGCACACAGACUGUUGUGAAUGCUGAACCGUCAAGGGACAGUGUGGAAAGCAAUGCCUCGAAAAAGUCUUCCGAAGUCAGUAUUGGAUCGAACGAGUCAAACGAUAGUAUCGGCAGUCUGCCGAAAUCGCAGAAUCUGAUCGACUUCGGAGGCCGGCUAGCAAAGGGUGCAGGUAGCGUAAGAGUCAGUGUGCUAGAGGCAUUUGAUCCGCUUCUAACUGAUCAGCCUAAUUCCGAAUACAUGGCGCCUAGUGAAUGUUCCAGCAGCGUGUACGAAGAGUACGACCCGUUAGACUUUUUGUACGGCGAGACAGAGAUGCGCGAUGCUCCUGUGUACGCGACAGUGAGCAAGCGAGAAAGUACUAUGCUGCCGUCCCCUCCGCCUAAGUCAAUACCUACCAUGCCAACUGUCCCUAAGAGGCCUACUACGAAUAAACUUUAUGACUGUAUUGUAAGAACCAGAAACAAAAAUUAUGACAGUGAGCACAAAGCUUUUUUGAAAUUGGUACAAGAUGUCAGAAAAAAGUUUGUCUUUUCGGAUGAAAAAACUAACCCGGGUCAUGUGAUAGCAGCGCGUUCUGGCGGUAAAUACCCGCCUAACACCAGUAUCAAAGUACUGGUGUAUAACGCGCACGCGGACGAGCCCAUUACCUUCACCUCUGAUGUCGAAUCAACUGUGGAACAUGUGAUACUUACCGUAGUGUGUUCUCUCGAUGAGGAUAUAAGGGACGAUAUGUCGGGAUAUAUGUUGCGAGUAUGGGGUGCAAAGGAAUACUUGACUCCGGGUAGUUCCCUCAGCGAGUACGAUUACAUCCGCGAGUGUGUACGCUUAGAGAAAGAUGUGCGUCUCUAUUUGCACGAGGGCGGAGACAACGCACUGGCGAGAAGUGAAAGGGACGACGCGAGAGAUUCCCAUCUUACUCUCGACGAUCUUAUUUCGUCGCAGGGAGCUACGCUUACUUUCGAUAACCUGUCUAUAUUACUCGAGACAUUGGAGGGAGAACUAUCACGGGUUGUGGGAGUGGUUGGAGCUGAAGGCAGCUGUUCCCCCAAAGCCGUAUUUCAGGCUGUAAAAGCCAUUUGUGCAUUGGCUGGCGGUGUGGAGACCUUACACGUGACGUACACGCUAAACGCGUUCGCACAAGCUUGUACUGCGCAGAAUGGCGGCAACGCGGUAACGCCAGAGAUCCAGGCGGAAAGCGGGCCGUACUGUGCGGUGUCGCUGCGCGCGGCAACGGCGCGCGAAGCGGUGGCGCAGCAGUGCGCGCGACUGCGCGACGCCGUGCGCGCGCUGCUGGCGCUGUACACGCGCGCGCGCCUGCUGGACUUCAGUCUGGCCGACGCGCCCGCCGCCGUGCCGUCGCAGCCGCACAAAGCAGCUCCAGCGCACACAAUAUCUGAAACAGUGUUAUUCUGCAUCGAAGCAGUACAUUGUUUGCCCCUUUGCUGGAAUCACGACGAGUAUCUGUUUCACGCCCAAAUAUACUACGGCACGAGGCCUUUGAAAACUGUGCACGCGACGCAAUCUUCCAAGAUAGAGUGCGGUGGCUUUUAUCCCAGAAUAAUUUUUGAUACUUGGUUAAAUCUAGAAGACAUUCCAGUUAAUACUUUGCCACGAGAAUCGCGUUUGGUACUAACUCUUUAUGGUCGCACUCAAAGAACUGUGGACAAUCAGCAUCAAAACAACGAGAACAACCAGCAGAACAGCGAAGGCAACGAAGAGAACGGCGAUGUGCAGUAUGAACAGGUUGAGCUUGGCUGGGCUUCUAUCCAAAUGUUCGAUUAUGAUUGCAUGCUGGCGGCCGGCAACUACGUGGUGGCGCUGUGGUCGGCGCCGUGCGACCGGCGCGUGGGGCCCGCGCCGCACGCGCUGCACCACCCGCCCGCGCCGCACCCCGUCAUCAACAUCGGUACUGUGCGCGCCACCCGGCACACACACAUACUCACACCGCUCCGACACACAUACGCUCCCACUCAAAACACUCCGUUCCGCACGCGCUGCACCACCCGCCCGCGCCGCACCCCGUCAUCAACAUCAGUACUAUGCGCGCCACCCGGCACACACGCUCAUACUCACACCGCUCCGACAUACACACGCUCCCACUCACACCACUCCGUUCCGCACGCGCUGCACCACCCGCCUGCGCCGCACCCCGUCAUCAACAUCGGUACUGUGCGCGCCACCCGGCACACACGCUCGUACUCACACCGCUCUGACACACACACACACGCUCCUACUGAUACCACUCCGCGCCGCACGCGCUGCACCACCCGCACGCACCGCACCCCGUCAUCAACAUCGCUACUGUACGCGCCACCCGGCACACACGCUCAUACUCACACCGCUCUGACACGCACACGCUCCUACUCACAUCACUGCGCGCCGCACGCGCUGUACCACCCGCCCGCGCCGCACGCGCUGCACCACGUCAUCAACAUCGAGGUUCCACUGUACACGCGCACGGGUGUCAAAUGGACGAACGGCGACGAAGAAAAACAAAGAAACAUCUCGCAAGAGGAGUUGCCGUCCUUCGACUCUUUGGACGGACAUACGCAGUCGCAACUGUUGCAUUUAAUAGAACAGGGCGCUUAUCAGAGAAUGCCCAAUGAAGGAAGGGAAGUAAUGUGGGAGAAACGUCAAUACCUGGUACAAUUGCCUGGUGCAUUACCGCUGGUCCUGCUGGCCGCCACCAACUGGUACGGGGAGCACCGCGCGCAGCUGGUGUCGCUGCUUGAGCUCUGGGAGAAACCUUCGCCCUUGAACGCCAUGCAUUUGCUGCUGCCUUGUUUCCCGGAUUUAGCAGUACGCAAAUUGGCGGCAAAGCUAUUGAACGGAAUGUCCGACGACGAUUUGAUACGCGUGCUGCCACAACUGACGCAGGCCUUGCGCUACGAGACUUACGAGGCGAGUCCGCUUGCAGAAUUAUUGCUGUCCCGUGCUAUGUCCGCACCUGCUGUUGCUCAUAAGCUGUUUUGGUUGCUGGUUCACUCCUUGCCAAAUGUACCGCAGGCGCCAAACCAUGAGUUCCUGGGAAUUACACUGGAAGAAAAUGCUACUGAAUGUCAGGAAGUGGAUGCUUGUUUGACUGCGACGUGGCGAUAUAGGCUAAUGCUCCGAGCGUUGCUUGCAAUCUGUGGAGAAAACCUUACUCGGACAUUAUUACGGCAACAACUGUUGGUCAAGACUGUGUCAGAAGUGGCAUUAUCUGUAAAAUGCGCUAAGGAGGCGCUACGUCAACGCGCUCUGCACGACGGCGGGGAGCGGCUGGCGGCGCUGCUGCGGCUGGAGCCCGUCGCGUUGCCGCUCGCGCUGCACCGCUACGUGCACGACGUCGACAUCAAAUCAUGUUCCUAUUUCUCUUCAAACACGCUCCCAUUGAAAAUUAACUUUAUUGGUGUUGACAAUGCUAUUGUACCCGCGAUGUUCAAGGUGGGAGACGAUUUAAGACAAGACGCCUUAGUGCUGCAGGUGAUCAAAGUGAUGGAUAGUCUGUGGCUUAAAGCGGGGCUGGACCUACGAAUAGUGACUUUCCAAGCUUUACCGACUAGUCACCAAAGAGGAAUGAUAGAAAUAGUAACAGAAGCGGAGACUCUACGGGCCAUACAAACGGAGUGGGGGCUGACUGGUUCAUUCAAGGACAAGCCGAUCGCCGAGUGGCUCGCAAAGCACAACCCAUCCGAGUUGGAGUACCAACGAGCCAGGGACAACUUUACUGCGUCGUGCGCCGGCUACAGCGUGGCAACGUACUUGCUCGGGAUUUGCGAUCGACACAAUGACAACAUUAUGUUGAAGACAUCCGGACAUUUGUUUCACAUAGAUUUUGGAAAAUUCUUAGGCGACGCUCAGAUGUUUGGCAAUUUCAAAAGGGAUCGGGCGCCGUUUGUGCUGACGCACGACAUGGCGUACGUAAUCAACGGUGGCGAGCGGCCCACGCAGCGCUUCCAGCACUUCGUGGAGCUGUGCUGCAUGGCCUUCAACAUCGUGCGCGCGCAUCACACGCACAUACUCGACCUCUUCGCGCUCAUGGCGAUGUCGGGCGCGGCAGGUGUUACGAGUGCAGCGGUGGCCUACGUGCGCGCCGCGCUGAUGCCCGCCGCCACCAACGCCGAGGCAGCCGCCGCCUUCGCGCGUCUCAUACACUCCUCGCUCAAGAGCAAAUUUACUCCUAUAAACUUCUUCCUGCACAAUCUGGCGCAGCUGAGAGCAAGUGGGGACCAGACCAGUAGUUCAUCGGAAUUGCUUUCGUUUAUGCCAAGAACGUACACCAUGGCGCAAGAAGGUCGCCUCGUGCGCGUAGAAUGCCUCAGCUACGAGAAGCGCUACGACCCCGAGAAGCACUACGUGUACGCGCUACGCGUGUACCGGCUAGGUCAAGCCACGCCCUCCGUGCUCUACCGCUCCUACAAGCACUUCACCGAACUCUACCAGAAGAUAUGCCUACACUUCCCGCUGGCAAAAGUGCAUAGGUAA